GUCAACUGAUUGAAUGGGGAUGUUGAUUUUCAAACAUCUUUUAAAAAUCACAACUGUUAAAUAACAACAGUACCAACGUAACUCGGGUGGGGGAUGUGAACCAUGGACCUCUUGUUUAUUAAGAAUAUAGAAAAGUGAAAGAUUUUUUUCUUAUAUCCAAUCCAAUGAAAUUGUGCAUGGUGUCUAUCGUAACUGCUUUAUGUUCAUUUAUCAAACACACAUAAGCUACACGUCUCUGUUUUUUAUAAACACCCCUUACAAUGAUAUUAGCCAUGUAGUCCAAAUUAUCCUGUGUAUAAUAACAAAGUCCACGAACAUGAAUGCUAGCUUGUGAUAAGUAAGCUAGUGCAAUGGAAUCUGUUUUAGGGUCCAUGGGGCCUAUUGAUCUAUGCAGUUUGAUAGGUCUUUUUUUGUCCUUUUUUUUUUUUUUUUUAUUUCAUCAAUAUGUAUUUGAUAUUUUUGGAUGAUCAUACAUUAGGAAAAUAACUCAAAAGGGCAACUAUGUCGUUUCAACUCAACAAACCUGAUUUUGUCGUGACGGCUGAUGUAUAUUCCUUGUAUUCUAUUCAUGUUUAGUACAAUGGAUUUCCAUUCACAAAGCUUUCACAAAAAUAGUAAUAGAAGCCGUAUGGAGUUUAUCCUGGACAUAUGCAGAUAGUGCAAACAUUCAGAUUGAAUUGUGAUAGAGAACUACGUGUAUGAUUACGAAUUUUAAGGUAUAUCGCAAUUCUCUGAUGUGUGUUUAAGAUGAUGCUUUGAUAAUUUGACAUGGAGAAUGGUGGAUGUACAAGUGUAUUAUUGUUAUUCAUUGUAGUUUUACACAUAUACUAGAAAGUGUUGUCCAUUUAACAAAAUAUAGUAAAUAAAACAACUGAUGUAACUGUAUUUUGUGUUGUCUUAGGGAGGAAGAUGGCAGUACUUGGUGAUUACAGCGUAUGGAAAACAGAGAUAUCAGACCAGUUCUCCUCCCUGUCUGAUGACGAGGUGUACGUGUUAUUCUGUUUUCUGUGUUCUGACUCCGGUACCCCCGACUUUACUGAUACAAACUGUCUGGACAUUCUUAAUGAGAUACAAAAGGAGAUGUACGGUAAGGGCAGUGUAACAAGUGAGGAGGCUCAGCGGACUCUGGACGGACUGAAGUCACGUGGAUUUCUUUGGGAUCAGGACGGCGUAGACAUCACUGAGGACGUCAAGGAUGAGACCAUGUACCGUGUUAUAGAACGUGGUAUAAACCGUAGUGUUACACCGUUCUACGUGCAUCGUUUAUACAGUUAUACUACAGCAGUGAGGUAUCUGAGAUCACACAGAUACACCAGGAAGUCUGGAGAGAAAUGUGUCAUUAUUGACGACUCGUUAGUUGAUUACUUACUCAUACGCCGUCUACAGAUGAACAUACUGACCCACGUCACCAUGGAGGACACGAGUAUCUGUGAUGAAGUGUCACGGACAUUGAGCAUCCCUCUAGAUAAAGUACGCAUGACUGAGAGUGAACGAGGAGCGUUUUUAGAGGACUUACAGAAGACCGGAGAGUGUGUACAAUCACAGGGCAGUGUACAACACGUCAAAUGGCUCUGGAGACUAUACCAUGAAGCGAGACCUGACAUCGUGAGAUCCUGUAUAGGUCCCCACCCACACUGGGAUAUUUACAUCAUCAACAACACGGCUUACAGAAAGCACAGUAAAUACCAUGGCUACUCAACAAACGACAAAAUCACGCUGUACUGCCUAUUAUUGGCUGAUGGUUAUAUGUUGAAUGUCAAAGAGGAUUCCUACCAAAGCAACUUCAAUAAGAUCAAAGAAAGGUAUUUUGGUGAAAAUACCACACCUGAUUAUGAGACAGGUGAACCUCUACCUGAUGGAAUCAUAAAAAGACAGGACGAUGUAAUAACGUUUGCCUCUGACGACAUCCAACAUGACGUCAUGUACGCGUUCGUUACGGAGUGUCUGGUGGAGGACAGUGAUCUCAAGUUUUUCCUGACCACGGCGUCACGUGACGUGAUAUCAGAAUACUGCCGGUCGUGGGAUUAUGAGAGGAGUGAUGGAGAGAGAUGUCUGUAUAUACCGGGUGAGAUGUACGAGCUAUUUAUAGACAGACUACAGCUAGACAUCAUCACACACUGUACCGUGUCAGAUUGGGAGAUUCAUCGCAGUAUCAGUAAACGUUUGAAAAUACCUAGGGAAAUUCUCGAGUGGGACUAUGAUGCGCGAAGAAGAUACGCAGAAUGUGUCAAGAAAGGAACUCAAGCAAUACACAGAGCUCGUGCAAUGAUAGUUGGAUGCGCAGGGGCUGGGAAAUCUACUCUGCUUAAACGUCUACAGAAACGAAGUAUGGAUGAACUGAAAAAGGUUCAGUCUACUGUAGGAUUAGAAGUACACGAAGACUUAUUUGAAAUUGUUCCAGAAUGUGAUUGCUUAAAAGAGCUACCAGUUGACACAGAUAAAGAAGGGAAACAACUCUUGAGUAUUUUGGACUUUGGUGGACAGUGUGCCUAUUACGCGUGUCACCAGGUCUACCUCAGCAGAAGAGCCUUCUAUCUUCUAGUCCUCAACAUGUCUAAGGCAUUUGAUGAGAAAGUUGACCCUUCACUCUGUGAACAGGAAGGGACCAUGUUUACUGACUGGAGCUACGGGGGGUACUUGUUGUUUUGGUUGAAGUCAGUAUAUACCUACUGUGACAAUGACGCCCCAGUGAUCAUCGUUGGAACUCAUCUAGAUCAAACCAAAGGACAGAAUUCUAACACACUCUACAACAGCAUACUGGAUUUCCUAGAACACAACCAACAUCUGAAGUCACACUUAACCAGAGAACGCUGCUUCGUUCUAGGUUUUAAGUCGGAUGGGUCAUCAUUCCAAGACACGCUACCUGACCUAGAGAAGUGUAUGGUUUCAAUUGCUCAACAAGACAGAUGGAAGGAAACCAUUCCUACAGACUGGGCGCUGUCUGAAGUCGUACUCCGAGAACUCAGAGGACGGGGGAAAAGAAUGAUAUCAGUUGAAGACUUAUCGGGAAGUUGUUUUGGGGAAAACGAAGAGAAAUACACACAAAUCAGAGAUAUCCUGAAAUUCUACCACGAGAUAGGCGUUAUACUACACUUUGACGAGAGAUCUCUUGACGAAACUGUCAUCAUUGACAUCCAGUGGUUUGUUGAUUCCUUUAAGAACAUAAUAACCGAUCCAAACCAUGUCAGGGAUAUUGUCGAAAACAACCGCGAUUGGUUAGAGUUUAACGAAAACGGCCAUAUACAAGACAAUUUAUUGAUGGAACUUUGGGGCACUCUGAACUUUCAAAUUGAUCGCUAUGACAAAGCAAACUUGCUACAAUACAUGGAACGUCUUGGUCUCCUCUUUAUUGGUAAACAGGCACAUUAUAUUCCUUGCAUGAACAAGACGACAUUUGCUAUCCAACAAGAGGAACAUUUGCAAUCCAUUGAAAGUAAAACAUCAGUAUUGGUCUUUCGAUUUCUUUUUCUGCCAUAUUUCAUUUAUUUUCGUCUGAUUGUUGCUUGUUUGACAAAGACCAGAGGAGAAUGGAGAUUCCCAAAUGACAAACGUCUUCCUUUAUAUAAAAACUUGGCGUAUUUUGUCUAUAAAAACCACAUUGUAGUUCUUGCUGUGAAUAGAUAUUCCAUUCAACUUCAGGUUUAUCAGCGCAACAGAGAUUCAAUCUCAAAAAAUGUCACAUUGGAAAUCCGCGACGAUAUUGAAAGAUUACUCAAUGAUCUAACCAGUAACUUUCACAAGGAAAUCAUGUACACUGUAGGAUAUCAAUGCUCAAAGCAGGAAGUGUUCCGUGAACACAAUGCUUAUUUUGUUGAAGAGAGAGAAAUCCACGGGAAAGGCAAGCAAACGUGCCCUAUACACGAAAUAGAAAACCAUCAUAUCCUGAUAGAAUCAAACCUCCUAUAUUAUUGGAAUAAGGAUGUUCUGGACAAAACAAAACGUGUGUCCAUUGUUUUGUCUGAGCGGGAUCUGUCGAAGUUCAACAAGGUGAUUGGAAAUGAUAUGGAAUUGAUUGCCACCUGCUUGGGAUUAUCACAAGUGGAGAUAGAUAGAUUGAAGAGGAAAAAUCCCACGUCCAUGAGUACUGUGGUACACAACAUCCUUCUCACAUGGAAACGCAAACGUGGUCCUGCAGCAACAUUAGAGAACUUAGAAAAAUCCCUACAGGACGCAGAAAGACAAACUGGUGCAGGUGUGGAUUGGGAUGGGUUUAGUCGAGCAAAGGAAGAGAUUUCAAAGGAAGGAAAAUGAAUUGAGUCUAAAGACACUAGCCUGUGAAGGCGGAACUACGUAUGUAAAUAUGUUUUAGGCUCACCUAUUCAAUAAUCAAUUUAAGGGAACGACUCCGUUUUAUCAAUGUUGUACAUAUAGUUAGACAUAUAUCAUUUAAUUCAUUGUUGCAAUAGAUUAUUGUGUGUGAAAAAGAACAGUCAGUUAAUAUGAUUGGUUAUGUAUGAUUGACGUCUUCUCCAGCGAUCACAUCUUUCAUCUCGAGGGUUGUAGCUGAAUUCGGAUUAAUUAUACGAAAGCUUUUAAAAAAAGAGAAGUGAAUUAUAAUAUGAAAAUAUCUUAAUUUCAGUGCACUUUGCAAAACUUGCAUAUAAUAGUGUAGAUCGGUUGACGUUCAAAACUCUCUCAAAAUGUUUUAUUUGCAAAGCAAAAUCACAAAAUAGCAGGAAAUUGUUCUUAACGGGUUUUUUUCUUUUAGGGGGUGGGUGGGUCAGAAAUAACAAACAGGUAUCCGUUAUAAGUAACACUGUUAGAUACAAAAUGUAUAUUGAUUUUGCUGCUGUAACUUAUAGUGCGUAGUUAUCUGAUGAUCUAGAUAAUAUUAUUAUUAUUUUUGGGGGUGGUGGUGGUUUUCAGUUAAUUACACACAAAGAGUAUUUAAAAGAAAUAACAGGGAGCCACCACACUAUCAUCACCAUUUCAAAUUUGUAUUAAAUGAAUAUUUGCACUGAAAGCUUCCUGACAUAGUACAGAUUUACGUUUGCUCAAAUCAUGAUCACUGGGGGUAGGGUGGGACCACAACAGGAAAUCAAAGUUUUACAUUCAAUUACAGAUGGACAUUCUUUGAAAAUCUUCUUCUUAAAGACCACUGGGCCAGAAAAGUUCAAAUUUACAUGAAAGCUUCCUCACAGAGUACAACAGAGUUUGUGCAAUCCAUUGUUCCUGGGGGUAGGGUGUGGCCCCCAUGGGGGACCAAAAUGUUAAAUGCUCGUAAUCGGGAAAAAUCUUUAAAAUAUCUCUUGAACUUUACAUAUCGAUUUUCUACGAAAAGACAUUUCAUGUGAUGCAAUGGUGUGUGAUGUGACAUUAACCAGGAAGUUUGACCUAUUUUUAAUAUAAAUCCGGCCUACAUGUGUCCUAAUUAUCUAAGGUAGAUCUUUCAUAUCUUGCAUACAGUGGAUCCUCGUUAAUCCGGACACUUUGGUUCCCAGCAAAAUCGUCCGAAUAAAUGAAGCGUCCGGAUAAUUAAAUUGCAUAUUUUCGAUCUUUACAUAAGUAACUAAUAUAUGCGUACUUUAUUAAAGAGACACUACAGCUCAUUUUCCACAUUUUAAUAAAGUGUUUUUUUAAAACAUGUAUUGAUAAAAUGAUAAAAUUCAUAUCGAUACUGACAAUUUUGAACAAUUGGGAUGCAUCAAUUUACUCUCAACUGCGCUUUGAAGAUCGUUCGGAAUUCAAAGGUUUCUUCAUUCUGACUGCUUAUUUACAUCACGUGGUUUUGAAUGACAGCAAAUGUGUUGUGUAGGAAAUUAUUUAAAUUCCCCUUCAAGGGGGUCCACACUCACCUUUCAAGUAUAAGAGUAUGCCCUGCUCCUUAAAAUAAGUAAUUAUGUAAAUCAUUUUUUCAGCAGAAACCCUUCCAUUUGCCCAUUGACCGAUGUUUUUACAACUAACACGUGUCGUGUUCAGAUAAAAAUAGCACUUACUUUCAAAAGUAGUGUCUUCGCAGCUAGUCUCAAUGGCAGAUUUAGGGUGGGGGGGGGGGGGGGCAGGAUCCCCCCUCCCUUUUUACGCCACAGAUUGUGAAUGAAAAUCCACAUUUUGCACCAGAAUGGCCGAUUACUGUGGCUAAUCUUUGACUUUCACACCCCCUUCGGAAAUCCUAGAUCCGCCACUGAGCUACAUGGGUUUCUCCGAGCUCUUUGUUUUCCAACGGUCAAACUGAUACCAAGGUAAAUUUUAUUUCACGUAUGAGUUUUAUCUCAUUCUAUUUUUACCUCUUUUCUCAUAGAAUCUGUCAAAAUUCUAAAUCUAUCAACUACACUUUCUCUCACUGGACGACAUGCUGCACUGUUUACUGUCUAUGCGCAUGCGUCUGAAGACUGAAAGGAGGAGACUCGAUAUUUUUGUAUAGGCCAUCAAAAAGUAUUAAUUUUUACGUUAAAACGAUAAUUUUUAAAUUUAGAUAAGUGUUAUUUUCGCAAAGUUCAUACUUUCAACAAUGUAACAAAAAUAGAAAAAGCGCUAGGAAAAUUGUGAUUUCAUGAUUUUUGCGCAAAAUGAGCUGUAGUGUAUCUUUAAUGCAUAGUGAAUUAAACACAUUCUAUCAUUGGAUUUGACCAUUUUCAUUAGUAAAUCAAUUAUGAUGAUGUUAACAUUUACAUGUAUUUCAAAGCACUAAAAUUUAAUGUACGUGUUCAGUGUAUUUGCCUGUGCUUGAAUUGUACAUAUAUAUGAGCCCUACAAAUAAAUAUACAAAACUGUGUACCGUAUGCACUAAAACAAAUAAUGAAACACUAUAUAUACAUAACUAUAAGUCAAUAAAUCAUUAGUAACUAACAUUAUAAUUUACACUUCAAACAUUUCAUCACACUUUUACUUCUUAAAGAGGCCGUUUUUCAUCUGUCACGAUUCACGGGUUUGGCGGUCUGUUAAAAUAAUCUUCAUCGUCCAAAGUUGAUAUAAGAAUUUCGUGAUUAUCAUGUCAGUUGACAACAUUCUUUAACCAAAAUUCAAUCUGCCAUAAUUUAUAUUUCUUUUUCUAUAAUUAUCCAAGACAAUAUCGGGAGAAUAAGAUCAUUUAAGCUCGUAAUAUCAAGACCUACUACUGCUUUGAUCUAGCCACGCGCACCUAUUAUUUUCAUGAUGCGAUAAUAACGGAACAAAACUCGGGUGAAACUAACAUUACGGGUACAUACAAAAUUUUAUUUUCAUUUUCACUUCUACCCAGAGUUUAAGAAUUCGAAAGCAAUAAAGCUUUACAACAUCGUGACAAGAAUCAAUCGUACACAGGUGCAUUGUACAUUCUACAUGCGUGCCAUUCUAAACGUUAAAAACUUACUACAUAUACAUGUGCAUGAACAUACAUGUAUAUUUCACGCCAAUCAACAGUAUAAAAUCCAGAAUCUAGAGGUAUAAUCUACACUCUUUAGAUUUGCAUACGCCGAUAAUCAAUUUACGAAUCAAUACAACUAAUAUGUGUAGCAGUUUAAAAAUUAUCAUCACGGCAUGAUGUUUAAUUUAUUAAUACUAUUAGGCUAUUGAUCAAGACUAUAAAAUAAUAUGCAACAGAUAUAUUUACAAAAUUCAACACUAAUCUUAUGUGCGAAAAUUGGAAUACAAUGUCUCGAUCGGCACGUGCUAUCUAACUGACAUAUCAUCACACACCACCUAAUUAUAGGGAGUUGUUGACAGGGAACAGGUAAUCGCUUCAAUUAGACAGUUUGGCUUGUUUUCUUUAUAAUUUACGCCGUGCUAAAAUUGUCCGACACAGACCUUCCCUAAACAAAAUUACCGUCCGGAUUAACGGUACAAUUUUCAAUGCAUUAUAACGUUUUGUAGUAAAAAGUGACCGUCCGGAUCCGGAACACGAAUUUCCGGAUUAAUAAUGCAAAAUAAUGUAUAAAAAUUCCGUUCCCUAGAAAAUUCGUCCGGAAGGUGAAGCGUCCGGAUUAAUGGCGUCCGGAUUACCGAGGCUCCACUGUACAUGUUUCUUAUGGCAAAGCCGUUCAUUUCAUAUUAUGAUCUUUGAACUUGUCACCUUGAGCUAAGAGUUUGACCUACUUUUAAGGGAAAAAAAGCGUAUUAAAUAUAUACGGAACUAUUUUAGGUGGGGUUUUCCUAAUUUAUAUACAUAUUCUUCAUGAUAAGACUUUGUUCACGUUGUUGUAUGAUAUUCAACUAUUCCUGACUACAUACGAGUUAUAUCACUGCACAUAAUGCUGAUAAAAGCCCGGAUAGGUGUCAUCUUUUUAAUGCAUGAGUUUAGAUAUUAAUGUGACCUUAAAUAUCAAUGUAACAUUUUGGAUAUGCAUAUACUACUUUAUGUGUUCUUAGAUAUCAAUAAUGAUUUUAGAUAUUUGUGUGUUAUCUUAUUUAUCAAUGAAUAACCUCAGUUAUCAGUUUAGGAUGUAUCAGCUUAGAUAUUAAUGUAUGAUUUUAAAUAUCAAUGUAUGAGGUUAUAUAUCAAUUUAUGAAUUUAAAUACCAAUGUAUGAUGUCGGAUACCAAUGUAUAACCUUAGAUAUCAAUGUAUGACAUUAUGAAUCUAUGUACGACCUUAGAUGUCACUGUGCGAUCUCAGAUGUCAAUAUGGGAUCUUAGAUGUUAAUACGUGAUCUUUGAAGCCAAGCAUGAUCUUAAGAAUCAAUAUGCAGUCUUAGCUAUAAUGUAUGGAUUGAGAUAUCGACAUACGACCUUAGAUAUCAAUGUAUGUUAGAAAUCAAUGAAUAUUAAAUGUCUAUGUAUGAUCUUAGAUUUCAAUAUGCAACAUUGAAUAUGAAUGUAUGAACUACGAUAUUCACAUAUGAUAUCUAAAAUCAAUAUAUGAUGUUAGAUAUCAAUAUAUAAUCUUCGAUAUCAAAGUAUGAAAUUAUAUAUCAAUGUGUUUGAUUUGUACAUAUUGCAUCUAGGGUAAACUAGUCAGACUUCAACCAUUUUUUUUUCAGUAGAAUUUGCGAGCCCAAGUAUUUAUUUGGUCUAUGACCACUUUGUCUCAAAUUACGAAUUUCAGAUCUUGUACUUUGUAUUGCAGUCUUUAACGAAAAAGAAAAUAUUUAAAACAACACAAAUUUAUCUACGAAAUACACUAGAUACAAGUCAAUUUCGACUGCGUCAGAGUAAAUUUAAUCACGACAGCAUUCAAUUUCCACAAGUACCAGUAUCAAGGAAAAGAUCAAUACCUUAUAAAAAGGUCAUUGUAACCCUCAUUAGUCGGAUUAGUAUUACAGUAUAUUUAGAAAAUUAAUUGUUUAAUUGUGUGAUAGAUUGAGAUCAUGAAGCCCUAAUGUUACAGUACAAACAAUAAGGGGCGUUACGGAUCAGGGAAUAGUUCUGGAUUUGAAAUUCAUUAAAGAAGUUGCUUUUAAAAGACAUUGGAAUUUAAUUGUAGGAUUCAAUACACAACAUGGUAUGAAUUUAAUGAGGCAUCCAUGACUAUGAAUGGUAGAGUUGAUUGUGUUUACCUUUUGGAAUCCAAGUCGUUGAAUUUACCACUUUAAAAGAAAAGAAGUAAAGUAAUUUCAACCAAGUUCAAUGAUGAUUAAAAAAUUCUUUGAAAACACAUACACACAUGUAUACAUACACACAUGCGCGCGCACACAAACACACACACAUAGAAAAAAACCCAGUAAUGCAAUUAAAUUCUUGCAGUAAUUGUAAAAAUAUAUUCGACAAAAUGUAAUUUACACCUUUGAUGUUAAAAAAACCCACUUAAAUGUUUUGAGUUAUGAUUUGUUAGGCGAAUUUACAUUUUGAUAUCCAAAACACACGUUUUUAUGUGAAAGUGACUAUUUGAUCAAUUGAAUGCUUGUAAAAAAUAAUAUUAGUCAGAACGAUAUCAGAUAUACAUUCGCGGAUUUAAUGUCUUUGUCAUCUCUUAUAUACAUCAUAUUAGACUUUUUUCUGAAGUGGUCAAAAUUAACCUACUGGUUGCACACUAACUAGUUUACCCUAACAGCAUCACUGUAGAUCUUGUUAUUAGCAUAGGUUACAUAAAUUCAUCGAUUUAUUUA